UCAAAGGUAUCGCGGAUAUAUUUUAAUACUUAAAAAAUUUUGAAGUUAUUUUCAUUAUCUUUUCGUUCAAUAGAUUGACAAUGAAAGUUAUACUACCAAAUUAAGAAAAAUAUUCAGUUUCAAAAGUAACUUUCAAAUUAAAACCUUUUGAUAAAUAACAAAGAAAAAAAAAUUGAAACAAUUUGUGCAAAUCAAGAGUUGUUUUCAAGUCAAAUAAAAACUGGAAAAUGAGUAAGUCUGCUGAAGAUGGGACUAUAGAAUUAUAUAUAAGUGACAAAAUUAAAGAAGAUAUUGGUAAUGCUGGUUGCAACGUCGAAAAUGCAAACGUUGAUAGUGGAAAAUGCCAAAUAAUCCAAAAAUUGGUUUCUAAUACUGCAAAAAAUGUUCCGAAUAUUGCCAAUUCAAUUUUGGAAGCAGGGACUGGGACUAAUUUGUCAAUUGUGAAUGGAGGACCAGUUGAUGAAGCUGUAAAUGAUUGUAUUUUUAAUGUUUUUCUAGCAAAUGCUCCCAACAACAGCGCAUUUAAUUCGAUUACCAAAUAUGAUAUAUUUGCAAGGCCAGAUGAUAAGAAGAUGGAAUUUGGAAACAAUAAGUUUUCAACAAAUACUACUGACGAGAGCCCAUUAAAUUCGAUCACCAAGUGUGCUGCACUUGCGAGAUCAGACGAUGAGAACGUGGCAUUUGAAAAAAAUGAGUUUCAAUCCAAUACUGCCGAUGGGACUCAAUUUAAUUUUACUACAAAAUAUACUUUACUUGCGGAACACGAUGAUGAAUUUGUUAGAGACAAAAUUUUAAUUGAUGAAAAUACGGUACAUAAUGGUAAUUGUGUUGAACUUCAAAACACAGUUUUGUCAAUUACUGUGAAUGAAUGCUGUGUUGUCGAAGUUCCGGAAAAUGUUCUAGACUUAAAUACAGUCGAAGAAAUGGAAAUACAUAAAAUUCCGGAUAGUAAUAUCAAAGAAAAGAAAGUUGAUGAAAACUCCAAAGCGAAGGACAGUAAUAGUGGUUGUGAUCAAAGUGCAGAAAAUGUCAGUCCUGGACUUACCAAUGAGCAUACUAAUUCUGUUGGUGAAGAGGAUACCUGCUGUCUUUGUUACAAAGUUAUUGAUAUAUUUGCAAUCGGUGAAUGUGACCAUCAAAUAUGUUAUGAAUGUGCUUCACGUCUUAGGGUCAUUUGCGGAGACCGAUCUUGUCCUGUAUGUAGAACAUAUCUACAUAAAGUAAUUUAUAGCGCUCAAAAAUUGCCAUAUCGUAAACUUGAUGGUGAAUCUUGGCGAAAUCAGAAGUAUAUUAAGAAAUGGUCAAUUGCCUGCCGUGAUGCUGAUAUUCAUAUCAAGUUUUUACGAUUACUUAAGCAUCAAUGUCCUAAAUGUGAUAUAAAGCCAUAUGCCAAUUUUUAUGACCUCGAAACUCAUCUCAAUAAAAUACAUCAGUUAUAUUUUUGUCACAUUUGUACACAAAAUUUGAAUCAAUUUUCUUUCGAACGUAUCUGCUAUACUGAUUCCGAAUUGAAAUUGCAUUUGAAUAAAGGAGAUGUUGGUAAUACUUCUUUUCGAGGACAUCCAAAGUGCCAUUUUUGCGGAAAUCGGUUUAUGGACAAAGACGAACUUUAUAAACAUAUGAGGCACACCCAUUACUAUUGUCACUUAUGCGACGAUACUAUGGAGUUCUUUCACUUCUACUAUCAACUGGCAAACCAUUUUAAAAAGCAUCACUUCUUAUGUGAAUAUGGUUCUUGCAAACAAUUAGAGUUUAUUAAUGCAUUUCGUACCGAAAUUGAAUACAAAGCUCAUUUAGCCAGAGAACAUACUGAAGAAUUUAAUAAGUAUAAAAGCAGAAACGCGCAUAAAAUAUCUGUUAAAAAACUAUUCGAACCAUCGAGCAAUGAUAGAAGCCACACGCUUCAUACUUUCACUAAUAACAGAAUUAUAUCACCAUCAACUACUGCUAAUACACAACAGAAAACCCAGCAACGCAUCAACCUUGCAAGUAAUACCGAAUUUCCACCUCUAAACGAAGAAGCUGCUCCAAGUGUAUCUGUGAAUGUGAAUACGAAACGGGUAUCUAGGAAAAUACAUGUUGAGGCUUUUCCACCAUUAGAAAGCAACUAUAGGAAAUCCAAUAUCGUUACAGCGAGUUUUAUACGCGAAGAACCCUCUUGUAGUUCAGCUUCUGCAGCUCGUGUUAUUUCUACUAACGGUGCUGUUAAUCGUGGCACUAGUGCCAAACCAAAUGCAGCAUCAGUAAUUCACCAAAGGAAUCUAACUACUCAGAUGACAGCCUUGAAUACAGUAACAGUCGCCGGGUCACUAAGUAGUAAUGAACGCAAAGAAAAUAACACAACUAAAAAGAAUGAAGGUGCUGCCUUGAGACUUAAUGAAGAAAAUUUUCCUAGUUUAAGCGCUCAAAAAAAAUCAUCAAAGAAAAACAAAAACCAGAAAUAAGGAGCAUAUAUAUAAUCCACAAGUCCUAGUCUUUAGAUUUACUCAUACCAUUUUAAGUGAAAUUUCGUUCUCAAAACUUUUGUUUAUUCAUUUCUGUUUUCAAAUUUCAAUAAU